CUCUCUCUCUCUUGCACUCUCUCUCUCUGUACAGAGAGAGAGAAGAGUGAUUUUUAUUUUUAUUUAUUUUAUAUUUUUUGGGUUUUUUUUUAGAAGAACAUGAACGAGGGCCGUGCAAAUUCAUCUCCUGAAUUACCCUCACCAUCCAAUCCUGAUGAUUCAACGCUUGAAGGAGUGGCAGCCAGUGUCAAGCUAUUACUAAAACUAGUCCAAGAACACAACGAUGCGGCCGCAUCCAACAAAGACAUCGAUGGCCGAAAAACCCAAAGGGUGGCCAGCAUGAUCGGUGUUCUCGAUGACAUUAGGUCUCGCAUCGAGAAAUCUCAGCCAUCCGGCCGGAAAUUAAAAAGAGAAGCCGAGCUGCGGCGGUGCAACACUGAUCUAAGGCGGACCCAAAAUCCACAGAAGGAGAGGAAAUUGCAGGAGCCUAUCCAUGAAGAGAAUCAACGGCUACGAAAGGAGCUGUCCACAAACUUGGCGGCCCGCAAGAGCCUGGAGAGGAUGUUCUCGAGCUUAGGCAAGGAAAAAGAGAUCAUGGCCACUGAACUUGCAAGGAAGGCCCAAGAACUGAAUGGGAUGGAAGAGCACAUCAAUGAUCUAAAGGCCCAGAACGAGAUGUUGCUGGCCAAGGUGAAAUGCUGUGCGUCCGAACACAAGGAGAAGAAGAUCAACGGUGGAGGAGAUCUCCAUGGGAAUGUGGCCCUCCAAGAACGUAACAAGGCGUUAUCAGAUCAGCUCCUUAAGUCUCUUGAAGGAUACAGAUCGUUGAAAUGGAAAUUGAAAGAUUCUCAGGAAGAGAAUGCUGGGAUUCGUGCCAAGUUGGUGGAGAUCAGGAAGGAGGCCUUGGUGGGGCUUGAUAGAAUUCAUGAUCUACGGCAGAGGGUUGCGGAGAGGGAUGAUCCAACGGUGGAUAUUGAAGAGGAGCUAUCAGCGGUGGAGAGCAUGUUCAAGUGCUUUGAAGCGAAGGUUGUGAUUGGUGGGCCCAAGAGGAGCGAGGGCACGAAGGCAAAGGCCGCAGAUGUGGUGGCUGAGAAGUCUCCGGUUCUUGCAUGAGUGGGAGAGGUGGGCCACAAAUCCAACGGUUGGAUUUCUUUUUUCUUGGACUGAGGGUCGACACAAAUUUUCUUUGCUUUUGGACAUCUUAUUAAUAAAAAUUCAAACAGUUUGUUGUACAGAGAAACUUUCACAUACAACGCCUUCUUUUCUGAGUGUUACUUCGGUAUAAUUGCAUCUGAGCCGUGUAAAAGGUGGGCCACGCCAUAAAGAUCACUUGAGAGAAAAUGGGUCCGAAUAUCGAACUUUGGACCCAUGAAAAUCAUCGGGUAUGGGUACCCGUUGAUGGGUGUAUAUUUUGUUUUCCACCGUCGAUU